CCCGUGCUUCAGCACCACUGCGCUGUCCAGCGUCUCGCGACUCUCCUCUUCACCGGACAGAGGAACUUUCUUCACUGCGAAGCUAACAAUCUGCGAUAGCGCCACAGAGCGCGUUCUGCUGAGAGUGUGGAAAGCGAAUCGAGUCCCGGUAGCGCAGCGGCAGUCCAGGAAGGAGCUGGCUAUGCUGUUUCUCUUGGCUUGAUUUUUUUUUUGGGGGGUAGCGUUUUGCUGCGGCGCUGUCCGUGACAUUGCGGUUGGAAGAGCCGCCGGUGAACCGCGAAGAUGGCGGAGAACGCUGUCAACACCGCUGUCAGUACAACGACAGGUGAGCGACUUGCGUAAAGCAGUCACUAAAGUAAUGACAUCACCUUUAACUCCGGAAAAGAGACCGCAAAGCAAUGACCAUGCAUCACCAACUUACCAGAAAACCAACCAAGGCAGCCCUUCUAUAAAACACACUGACGCUCUGACCCCACCCACUGUCACUGAAAAGAAAACUCAAACCAAUGGGCACGCUUCGCCUUCACGCCAUCCACCCAAUACCAACGCACAUGCAGGUAAACAAUAUAUGGAGGGCUAUUUGAAGACAGAUGAUAGAAUGAGACUUGCCAAGGAGAGACGUGAGGAGAGGGAGAGGAGUUUGGCUGCACGGGAGCAAGCUAUAAAAGAGAAGGAAAGGCGGGCACAGCUGCAGUAUGAGAAGACGGUGGAAGAGCGAUGGAAGCGACUGGACGAGCAGAGACAGAAGGAGGAGCUUCGCAGAGCAGCCGUGGAGGAGAAGAGAAGACAGCAGCUGGAGGAGGAGAAGGAGCGUCUGGAAGCUCUAAUGAGGAGAUCUCUGGAGCGCAGCUUGCAGCUGGAGAACAGGAAUAAACGCUGGACAUGGGGUCCCAACGGCACAGCUCAAGCCGAUCAUGGUCAUCUGAACUCUAUGGACAAACUAAAAUUGAAUCGCCUCCUCACACACACACACUCCUCACUGGCUCGCUGUAACAGUGCUGCAGAGCUGCAUCUUUCCUGUCUGCGCUGCAAAGUGCCCUCCAGUCCUCACAGGUCACCAUACAGAGGGUCACCGAGUCGAAGAAGAAACAACCCUGUGCCUACAGAAGAGUCCAGCGGAGCUCUCAGUGCCCCCAACACUCCCAAGAAGGAGAGAUUGCGUAGAGAGAGGAGGACUGGCUCUCCGGCCACAGGUUCUCCGGUUAGGCGAGCUAAAUCUCCUGCUGAUGUUACCCGGCGCUCUGCCUCACCUGCCACACCCAAGUUAUUGCCUAAGAAUCGUACUCAGUCGCCCUGUACAGUGCGGCAGUAUCCACCCUCCCCUAUGAAACACAGAUCCGCCACACCAGUCAGUGACAGCAAUAGGAAGACAGAAGACAAGCAAGCUGAGGACAUCAAAAGUCAAGAUCCUAAGGAGGGCAGGUCUCUCAAAGCUGAGAUCCAUCAGAACAAGAGCCCUAACAAUGAAAGUUUGGAUAAGGAACCAAAAAUAGAGACAAGUGUUUCCAGCACACCACCUCCAGAAAGAAGAACAAUAAAGAUAGAAAAUCACAUUAAUGGGUCAAAGGAGAAGAAAAGUGUAGUUUUAGAAAACCAACAGAAGAAGAACGAAAAGGUGGAAACCCCUGAGAAAAAACAUCCCAAAUCAAACUGUAAUGAUGUGACUGCAGAUCCUUCACCUCUGAACUCUCCCGGCAAGGUGGUCGCUGGAACGACAGAUGCUGAGGAGGCGUCUCGUCUGCUUGCAGAACACAGACGUCUGGCCAGAGUUCUGAAGGAACAGGAGGAGAAACAACGCAGGGAAUUGGAGGAGCAGGAAAAACUAAAGAGUGAGCAGCUUAAGAAGAGGCAGCUGGAGGAAAGAGCUCGGCAAGAAGAGAAAGCUCGUCAAGCCGAGGAGGAGAAAAGUAGACAAGAGCAGGAACGGAAGAAGAGAGAGCAGGAGGAGAAAAAACAGAAGGAGAAGGAGCUUCAGGCCCAGAUGGAGAAAGAGAAAGAGGAGGCAGAGGUCCGUGCUCAAAAGGAUGCUGAGCGUCAGCGACAGGAGAGAGAGCUUUUCAAACAGCAGGAGGAACAGGAAAGACAACAACGAAAAAAGAGAAUUGAAGAAAUAAUGAAGAGAACCAGAAGGAGUGACGGUGAGAUGAAGAGAGAGGACAGCCCAGAGCCCUUGUCUCCUGUCUCCCACCCCGUCUCUCCUCCAGGUAGUAACCAUUUGAUCUCAAAUGCUGAAGACAAAUCUCAGGCCAACUCCAUUCAGACAACCUCUGUGCACGGCCAGACCGACAAACAGGAGAGUCCAAGGAAAAGACCGGAGAAUGGAUGUGCGAAUGAGCAGAUGAAAUCACCUGCUCACCUGCCCUCAAAAAAUCCCUCCUUGAAUGGCCACGUCAACAUGAACUCUACUGCAGUUAAAACACAAGAGAAAGAAAAGGUAAGUGAAGAGAAUGCCAAGACUAUUACACAAGAGAGCAAACAGGUGAAGACCCAAAGUUUACAAAUGAAGGAGGAGGUAAAGCGAGAAGACGCAUCAGCAGCAAAGGUGCAGGUAACCCCGCUGAAGAGCUCGCCUGAAAACACAGAAACAAAUAUUAAGAGUAUUGUGACGACAGACAGUAAAUCCCAAGUGAAAGCACCUGCAAAUACGCCCACUCACAACAACCUGACCAAUGGAAAAAGCCAAACUAUCACUCAGGUGGCCAAACAGGAGGCCAAUAACCAAGUGAAAACACCUGAUUCUGUACAAAUGAAUGGACAGGCCACAGCUCAGGGACCCAAGAAGGAAAUCACUGUGAAGAAAUCAGACAUCCCUCAGCGCAGUGGACAGGGGAGCUCAACGGUAACUGUCCCGCAAGCAAAGACUGUCCCUCAGGCUGGUGAACAUAUGAUAACACAGAAACCAAAGGAGGGAGAGAACGUCAACCUGCCCUCUUCCUUGACCCCAUUGCCAGAGUCAAAACCCCCUCUGCCACUUAUUCGUCUGGACACUUUGGAGGGGAAGAGCGGAGCGGCAGAUGAAGUGCAGUACAUGGAGGUUAGCCCCAUUUCGAAGGAGGAGCUAAUUUCCAUCCCAGAAUUCUCACCAGUGAACUCUCCCCAGCAGAAUGGAAUGAAUAACAUGCGUGCUCUAGAGGACCUGUUGGAUCUGACGGGACAAGUAGCUUAUCCCAGACUCUCUCCUGCUGCCAGCCUGGGCGACUGCAACAAGAAUCUAAUAGAAGGGAUCUGUAGCCCUGGAUCUGACUCGAAACUCAUUCCCACCAACCCUCUAGCCUCUGACAAACACCACGUACAAUAAUGGUAAUGUGACAGACCACUUUGGUGCAGCUGACCGCAAUGGGAUAACUGCACAUCUCUUUUAACAGAAAAGGAAAGAAAGUGGAAAUGAAGGAAGAAAAUACUCCUGGGCAUGAGUGCAAAAUUUGUCUGUCUAGUUUCAAUGUUGCCCUCAUUAAAAAUGAUGUCCUUCUGCCUUUAAUCUUUACAGCACAAAAACCAAGUGUAUUGAAGCCGUGGUUCAAUAUUAUGGACAGAAUUUAAUUCAAGUGUGUAGUGUUCACCAAACGUGUGUGUUGUGUGUAUGUUUAUAUACGUACAGAUUGCUGGUAAGAGGGUUUGGACAUAAUACUUUGAAGGUAUCUUGGUAUCUUAUGCCAGAGUUCAACAUUUUCCAAUGACAUUGUCAUCACUGGAUAGAGACAGAACACUGAUUGGUUACUCUUAUAUUUUAGGAAGCAUUACUGUAUGAAGUAAUAAAUAGUGGGAAAUAUUAACUCUUUGUAGUUAGAAAUACAUGAUAAAAGGUUUCUUUGCCAGUCGACUCUCUCUCUCAUUGGUAACAGUAUUAUUAUGAACUGUUUUGUUGCGUAAUUGCUGUGUAUUUAAGCUCAACUAACAUCUCCUGCAUUGCAUCACACUGUAUUAAACCCCCAGUUUGCUAUGAAAUGCUUGUACCGCAAGACAUUAGCACAUUAGAGAAAUAUGACAGCAGUGAAUACAGCAUGUAUAUUAUAAAAAGAAUUAAUGGCAGUAAGCUCAUUUUAAAGCCCUAGUUUACCAGUAAUUAGUGUCAUAUUCUUCCUCCGGUGUCAUCACUGUGCUUAACAACGUAGUUUCAGUCUCAGAAGUUCUUUUGACAAAUGGAAACCAGUUAUAUUGGAGUCCUGACUUUAUUCCUUAACAUUGAAGAAGGAAAGUGUUGUGGUCCAAACCAAAAACCCAUUGGUGUGCUUUUACUUACCUGAACACUUCAUUAGUCUAUGGGUGUUAAAGGCAUACAUGUUUGGAGUGGGUAGGUAUGAGAGUUGACGGCUUUGUUGUUUAAUUGUUCUAUAUAGUGUGGAUGCACAAAAAAAAAAGCUUACUUGAAAAACUGUUUAAUUAGCCUGCAGGGAACUUCUAAUCUUCUCCAAGUGUCUCAGCUUCAAUCUCUAAAUACAGUACAGCAGUGACUUCAAGUUGUGAUUACUGUAGAUGAUGUGCAUGGUGGCAUGAGCAUCAAGCCAUAAUUAUAUGCCUAGAAAUAAACCAAUAAAACUGUCUUUACCAGCUCAUGUGU